CCUCAACUCACUGUCACUCACUCUUCCCCGUGCUCUCUCCUUCGACUCAUCAACACCAACAACUCAAACAACGAUCCACGAUAGCAGCAUUCCCGUGAACACAACAGUCACGUCACGUCCGUCACGACCUGUCACGUCUUUCCUCUUCUGUCUUCUUCUAUAGAUUUUCCUUUGGCCAUCCUAGUAAUCUCUCUCUUGCUCUCCACUUUGGCAGUGCCUGCAAGUAAAGCCGCUCUUUUCCCUCUCUUUACUGCUUCUUCCCUUCGCUUUCACCUCCAACCCGACGUCCAUCUUGCUUACCGAUCGGUAUUCGACUUGUUCCGUCUUGCUUUGCCUGCCUCUAUUUGCCACGCAAAACUGUUCAUAUUCAAAGCCUUUACAAAAAAAUAGCCUGCGGCAGCCUUCGUCAUCCGAGGUCAUCUGCCGCCUUUGUCGACCACUUUCGCGCGACUCUCUAAUAGACCAACAACUCAACUCUCGUCCUUUGCAGCCUUCCAACAACCCUCAUACGACGAUAUCGAGCCACGUACUGCGACACUUGCAUACACGCUUCGUAUCGACUUCAUCGUUCCCAAAUAAGCGGUACAGUUGGCUUGCGGAAACGCAGGUCCUUGGAGCAGGAGACUGCUCCAACUGCCGCGCAACACCACUUGAAUGCCGAGUAAGUUCGGGUCUCUCUCCUGCGCCCCUGAGCUGUCAUACGCGCCGGGACCAAUGUAAUUUUGCCAUACUCAUCAUCUCAUUCUCUUCAGGUUCGAAGAAGGACAGAAAGAACGCGAAAGAUGGUGCAGUUAGCGCCGCGGUGACGAAACUCGCCGCGGGCAAGUUCGCGUAGGUUCCCCUCUACCCCUGCCCGUCAUCUUAGAACCCCGCGAUAGUCGGCGUUGAGUCACUGCCGCAACCCUUGUGGCCCUUAUACCUUUGUCGCGACCACGAUGGCUAACAACCUCAAAGAAACGGCAGCCCUUCCAAGAGCCCUCCGUCCGAUGCAUCGUCGCCUCCCGUUCAUUCUCCCGACAUUAGACCCAUAACUCAAGACCCGUCCCCAUACGAUGGGCACCCCACCGUCUCGCCCUCUCUGGAUGCACUUUCCACCACAUCCGCAUCGGCUGCAAGUACAAACCACGACUGGGCAAGAGGAGGGCUCGCUGGCUCUCCGGGCAACUUGAUCAGUCUCAUGGGCGAGUCGCCGCCCACUCAACCUUCCUCCUACGAAGACUCUGGUCGCCUCCACCACGGAUGGGCCGUCCAGCGCCAGUCCCUGACGCCCCAGACUGCUUCGCCAUCUCCUCCCAACAGCAUGCCAAACCAUAUGAAGCGGCCUCUCAGUUUCCAGAUGGAUGCGCAGUUUCCCCUUGAAGCCUACCAUCAGCCGGCUGCAGCUGCAGCAUACCGUCGCAGCUCCAUGCAGUCGCAAAUGUCCCACGCCCGAGUAGGCUCCCAACCCCCGCUCCCUCAUCAAGCCCAGCCGCAUUUUUACAGUGCUCCUGACAUCGACUUUGAUAUGGCUUCCAAGGCUGGCAUGAAAGCCGGCGAUAAGGGCUACUACUUUGGUUUCGAUACACUCCCUGCUGCACACAACGAAUUCGCCCCAGGAUCAGACAAUGUUGCGCUGGCGGGCUAUGAGGGUGGUCUCGAAGUUUAUUCAGUCAGCAAGCGCGGCCUAGAUCGGGUUGCCGGCCUCAAAGGGUUGCGAGGAGGCGUAUACGAUGCCAAGGUCCUUCCUUGGUCAACUCCUGGAGACAAGGCCGAUGAUUCUCCGCUCGUGGCUGUCGUCAUUCACGGGCCUGUGCUACCACAAACAUCGCCAGAGAUCGCAAUUCAAGCGGCAAACGACAACAUUACCGAAGACAGAGCUGAUGUGCCAGGUAGCCCUCGAGCUGAUGGCAGCCAGAAGGGAGGCCCUUCCGGCCGAUUCACGCCUGCCAUCGAGUUUUACCAGACGUCAGUCGAGCUAUAUUCUCUCAAGACCGGCAAACUCGUCGACGUGCUUCUACAAGCUCCAAAAGUCCCUCUGGCAACACCCGUAACGAGCCCGAUCUUCAAGCCGCCGCCGCCGACGGGCGCAUUCAUGAUCAAGGCUGAUGCUGGAAACAUUGCAAUCGCCUCUGGAGUGAGUGGAGAAUGCUGGGCUUACCGUUCUAUCCUGGAUUCCAACGACGGCACAGUUCGCUUCGGUUGUGUUGGUAAACUCUGGACCAGCCUCCAACAGCCCCCUCGAGGAGAGGUUGCCGAAGAUGCUGAACGCCGCCACUCACCUGUGCCUCUUCGUCCCAACCCGCAGACCCCAAUCCUAUCGCUCAACGGGAAGUGGAUUGCCUACUGUCCUCCAGCCGCAUCUUCGCAAAUCGCUCUGCGCGCUCAUGUACCGGUGGUCAUUCUCGGCAAAGCCCCGGGCAUCUCUUCGGUGACGUCUCCUGUGCUACCCGCGGUCACCGGAUCUGUGGAUUCUCCCAUGGCCGAGAGCAUGGUCAACAAGAUUAUGCGUGAAACAACGCAAGAGUUGAUCUCUGGAGCAAAGUGGGUUGGCCAGCAAGGACUGUCGGCCUGGAAUUCGUACUGGAACAAGAAUGCGAACCAGGCGCCUCCGAUGCAGUCUCGAUCCCCUCCUGUGACAGCGCAGCAAUGGGCAGGAUCGUAUCCUCCUCGACACGACGCAAACCAAUUCCCGCCGACUCACGGUACACCUGGUCAAGCAGUGACUAAAGACCCCGGUCUGGUCUCUAUCCUCGACAUGGACAGUUUGCCAACUUCGGCCACCUUGCACCCGCUCAUCACCUUUGCAUCUCCACUUGGCUGCAGCUUCCUGUCCUUUUCACCGACUGGGCUAUCUCUAUUCACGGCAAGCGGCAAGGGCGACGUGCAGACUGUAUGGGAUUUGAUGUGCAUUCAGUACACCAAGUCGUCACCUCUUCAGGUGAUCGCGGCUAACAACGCAGUCGGCCCACGAGUGCGCCAGGUCGCGCAAUUCUCACGGAUGACCGUUGCUCGGAUCGUCGACGUGGCUUGGUCGAAACCCAACGGGGAGCGGAUUGCAAUGGUCACGGAAAGAGGAACCGUUCAUCUCCUUGAAAUGCCUUUCAGUGCCUUCACCUGGCCGCCGCCUCGCCGGCGCAAGGCCACGGAAGAAAACGGCGCCCCCGCGUCAGAUGCACCUAACUCAGCUGUAUCGAUCGCAUCCAGUGCCUUUGGCGCUGCCUACCAUGCCGCCAGACCUUUGAUCACUCGGCCGCGUAGGAGCAGCGUGAACGCUCAAGGCUUGGCCGGCGGCAACUUUGUCGAUUCAGCCAGCGUUGGAGGCAGAGCCAUUGCUGCGAGCAUCAGUCAUUCCCUGGGCAAAACCGGCGUCGCCAUAAACCAGCUGCGCCACACAGGAGACAACCGCGUUUCUUUGCCACAGAGCUCGCUUCUGCCAGCUUCGUCAUGCGUCGUAUGGAUCACUGGUAGGAAAUACCAUACUCUGUAUGUGGUCGGCGACGGCCUAGUGCGAACAUUCCCAUCCAAGACUCGUCGGCCGUCGGCGGCUGCCAACAAGCAGCGUACACCUCGAGGAGUUCGAUACAAGGACUUUAAGGUGCCGGCACUCCCCGACGAUGGCUUUUCGCCAGCUGUUCGGCAAUUCAUCGACUCGGACGAGUAUCUGGACCUGUCAGACCGAGAAAUGGACGUGGGCAAGACGCUGACGCUUGACCCGCGCGCCAGACCGCUCCAAGUCGAUCUGAGUGCGGAAGCAUCCAUCCCGCAAGCCGAGAUCGAGUCCAGCGCGCCAUACCAGCCUUUCCAUACCGACAGGCGAGUGGCUUUGUAUGAGUAUGCAAGUCCACCAGCGGCCUUGGCUCCAUCGCUUGCUGCGCUGAUGGCCGAUACCACACUGGAGGAUCACGCAACGCCCAAGCAAAAGAAGAGACAGCAGCAGCGUGUGCGCGCUCAAGAAACAACUCUUGAGACAAACUGUUCGCAACCUUGGGCAUUUGGUCAGCCACUCAACCUGGUGAAGCUCGAUACUGGACAUCUCUCGGUUUCGGAAGACGAAUUCAACAUUUCGGAUGAUCACCGCGCGCUCCCGCUUUCUUCGAUGGAGAGAGUCAUGCACCGUGGAGAGAACGGCGAUGAGAUUGUUGUCACAACCCGACGACGACGUGGGGCGAGGCACACGGAGGAUGAGGAUGGCUUUUUCGAGGAUGAUUGUGAAGUGCUUGACUUUGCAGAUCAGAGAGUUUGA